AUGGCGAGGAAGCCGCUGGACUACGAGGAGCUGAACGAGAACGUCAAGAAGGUGCGGUACGCGGUGCGCGGGGAGCUCUACCUCCGCGCCUCCGAGCUCCAGAAGGAGGGCAAGAAGAUCAUCUUCACCAACGUCGGCAACCCGCACGCCCUCGGCCAGAAGCCGCUCACCUUCGGGCGCCAGGUGGUGGCGCUGUGCCAGGCUCCGUUCCUCCUCGAUGAUCCCCACGUCGGCCUCAUGUUCCCGGCGGAUGCCAUCGCUAGGGCCAAGCACUAUCUCGCCAUGACGCCGGGCGGUCUAGGUGCGUACAGUGAUUCCCGUGGUAUCCCUGGAAUUAGGAAGGAAGUUGCUGACUUCAUCCACAAGCGCGAUGGAUAUCCGACUGAUCCAGAACUCAUUUACCUGACAGAUGGUGCCAGCAAAGGUGUGAUGCAAAUACUGAACACCAUCAUCAGAAACGAGAGGGAUGGGAUCUUGGUCCCUGUUCCUCAAUACCCACUUUAUUCUGCUUCCAUUGCCCUCUAUGGUGGUUCUCUGGUCCCGUACUACUUGGAAGAAGAGGCUAACUGGAGCCUUGACUUUGUAAAUAUCCGACAAACAGUGGCGGAGGCACGGUCAAAGGGAAUCACAGUUCGAGCAAUGGUGAUUAUAAAUCCAGGAAAUCCCACUGGCCAAUGCCUUAGUGAAGCUAAUAUAAAGGAAGUUCUGCAAUUUUGCUACUAUGAAAACUUAGUUCUGCUUGCAGAUGAAGUGUAUCAGCAGAACAUUUUUCAAGAUGAGCGCCCAUUUAUGAGCUCAAGAAAGGUUAUGUUCGACAUGGGUCCGCCACUAAGCAGGGAGCUUCAGCUUGUUUCUUUCCACACUGUGUCCAAAGGGAACUGGGGAGAGUGUGGACAACGUGGUGGAUACUUUGAAAUGACAAAUCUUCCUCCAAAGACAGUAGAUGAGAUCUACAAGGUUGCAUCAAUAUCACUGAGUCCAAAUGUUCCUGGGCAAAUUUUUAUGGGAGUAAUGAUUAACCCUCCUAAACCUGGAGAUGUCUCAUACCCCAAGUUCACUGCUGAAAGCAAGUACGUCCAUGAAUCUUUGAGGAGGAGAGCACGCAUGAUGACAGAUGGUUUCAACAGUUGCCGAAAUGUCGUGUGCAAUUUCACAGAAGGAGCUAUGUACUCUUUCCCCCAAAUACGGCUGCCACCAAGAGCGAUUGAGGCGGCAAAAAGAGCCGGCAAAGCACCAGACGUUUUCUACUGCCUCAAGCUCCUGGAGGCAACAGGAAUUUCCACUGUUCCGGGCUCUGGUUUUGGGCAAAAGGAAGGGGUGUUCCACCUUCGGACAACUAUCCUUCCAGCAGAGGAAGACUUCCCUGCCAUAAUGUCGAGCUUCAAGAAGUUCAACGACUCAUUCAUGGAGCAAUACGAGGGCUACUCCAGGAUGUGA